CGUUCAUGCCGGAUCUGAAGCAUCCUCCACCGAGAGAGAGAGAGAGCGGCAGCAACAAUGGCGUCCUGGAGAGAAAGAGGAGCCGAGCCCGAAGACGAGUUCGACGAAUACGACCCCACCCCCUACGGUGGCGGUUACGACCUCGCCCUCACCUUCGGCCGGCCCCUCCCUCCCUCUGACGAGAUAUGCUACCCCCUCUCAUCCGCCGGCGGCGACGACGUCGACUACAACCGCCCCCACUACUCCUCUGGAUCCACUACCUCCGCCUACGAGACCGAGGCCGACUUUGGCGACCGCUACGGCCGCCCCCGCCCCAAGCCCCAGCCCCAGCCCCAGCCUGCCUACGGCUUCCAUCACCAGCACGAGGAAGUGGGCGGCGGAUUCGGCGGCGGAUACGGUGCCGCCCACCGCCCCCAACCGCCUAGGCCCGAGUAUGGGUAUGGCGGCGGUGAGGGCGAGUACGGAUCCGGGCCAGGGUUCGGGUACGGCGGGAGGAAGGAGGAAGAGGAGGAGCCCCGUUACGGACGGCGUCCCCAGCCACAUAAGCAGGAAUACGGAUUGGGAUCCGGGUUUGGGGAGGAUCGUCCGAAGCCGUAUGGAGAGGAGGGAGGGCAGGGUUAUGGGUCUGGAAGCCAGUAUGGCGGUGGGGGUGGGUACCGGAGGAGUGAGGAGGAAGCCUAUGGCGGUGGGAUUGGGUACGGGAGGAGCGAGGAGUAUGGUUAUGGAGCGAAGCCGAGUUACGAGAGGCCGAGCCACGAGAGGCCGAGCUAUGGCGGAGAUGAGGAGCAGACUGGGAGGUACCAGAAGCCAAGCUAUUAUGGCGAAGAGCAAGGUGAAGGGCACGGCCGCUCCAAAUAUGGUAAUGACUUUGAUGAUGAGGAAAAGAAGCAUCAUCAUCACCAUCACCACCGUCGCAACUAUGAUGAUGAGUAAACCAUUUUCAGUACUGUUAUCUCGUAUUGGUAUGGCUUGAUGCCCUCACAAAAAACUAGUAGCUAAAAUAAAGAUGAGGGUGUGGUGUGUGUUCUCUGUGGUGUGUUCUGUCGGAACGUUUUCAUUGCUCUUGCAGUGGCAGCUAGGCUUUCUGUGGAGAGCAAUUUGUGCUUUGAAUAAAGUGAUUCAGUGUUGUUAUGUUUCCUAUGUAGUGAGUCAUGAAGCAACGCUGUUAUUUUGGAAGUACUUUGUUUUGUAGCAUGGAAUUAUUGUCGGCA